AUUGCUCUGGAUAAAUAAUUAAACUGCUUCUAAUUUGAUAAAGAGAAAAAAAAAACCCAUGAAUAAUAGAUUUCAGAGAAUAUUGCAGCGUAAAGCAUGUUGUCUCGAGAUUCAAUGUGGCGGCAGCCCAGAUAUCAAAGACAGAGUCAGAUCGGCUCAUUUAUAAUUCAGGGACCAAUAGGCGAUUUGAAAUAACCUUCAACGGGCCACACUUAUUAAGAAUUCAACCAUACUAAUUAUUCACAAUAGAAAAAGGAGUACAUGUAAAUAAUUAAUGAAUGCGGAGUUUGCGCUCUAAUGUAAUCCAUAUAUAUUGUACGGAUAUCUUUCUGCUGAAUUAGAUGGGCUUUUUUAGCGCUGCACUUUCCAUCGUGUAAACUUCGAAGAAAGACUGAAAGAAAAAGUUUGAGUUUAUUUCCAUCAGUAUGCUUCGGAAGAUAAAGCAAGAACCCGUGGACAUAUUGGAGACAAGCCCUUCUCUUUUAGCAAAUGCGAAGUCUGCUUACAGAAACGGAAGUUAUUCCAGCGAAGAAAAUUCGGUUUUUGAUAGUUUAAAACGGAAGUCAUCAGAUGUUGAACAAUAUGCCAGGAAAAGGGAACGCUAUAGUACCUCGGACUUGUACUCGCACAGUAGCCUCAGUGAUGUAAUGCCAAGAGGAAGCAAUGCCAGCGGCGAGAAAGUAUACAGUUGUUCACUUUGUGAAGAGAAAUUUUCAAGCGAAGAGGAUAGACUAUGUCACAUAACUUUAGUUCAUAAAAGCAAGAGUAAUACAGGAAGACGGAAUUCAACUCGUUUUGCGCGGCACACAUGCCAGAUAUGUUUCGCAAGAUUUCGUACCUUGAAGGAUUUUUUCAGCCACACAAAUUGUCAUGCGGAUAAUGCCGGUCUAAGCGCGAUUCAGAAAAGCAUAAAUGAAUCUAUCGCCAAUAACAAUUUACAACGCUUUUUUGCCAGUUCUCUGAGUGCCAGUUCUGUAAGCCAGAUUUUUCAAUCUGCAUUUAAAUGCGAUUGCUGUGAUAGGAUUUUCUCAAACAGGGACUCGUACGCCAUGCACGUGAUGAUGCGCGUGAAAAAUGACGCCUGCAAAGAUCAAAAUGAAAUUCACAAGGGUGAUAAAGAACAGUGGAGAAAAAUAACAGAAAUGGACAAAUCUAACGGAGAAAAACGAGUCAAAGAAGAAAACAUGUCUACAAAAAGUGACAUUUUGACACCUGAUUUAAAUAAAGCGUCUUACAUUGACGUUACAAAUGCUACGGAAAAAGAUGAGUAUUUGCAAUCCUUACUGCAACACUCCGUCGAAAGAUUCUGCAAGCAAAAUAUGACACUGCUGUUAAAAGACCCAAGGAAAUGUCUAAUGUGUCAUGAGAUUUUCUCAGAUAAAGAUGCCCUUGCGAUGCAUGUCAUGUCACACCAUACCAAUGGACAGACCUCUAACUCUCCUAAUCAAAAUCGAAAUAUCGACGACAAACCAAACCCGCUAGCCACGGGCGUCCCUCCUUCGUUUGUCCGCUUGAUUCAAAGCUCAACAGAGGAAAAUCAACUCAAAAAGCAGGAAAACAAAAGGCUUUGUUGUGAGUACUGUAAAAUAGAAUUUGUAGAUCACGAUUCUUUGGCCAUGCAUAUAUUAAACCACACUUUAUCCGAAGUAAAUGCAAAAGAGAGGAGAGAGCACUCUCCAAUAAUAAUGCCACCUACACAGUUAACUUUUUGGGAGGCAUCGAAAGAAUUGAAUUCUACGAAAGAACUCGCGGAAUCACCCCUGAACUUGGUAACAGGUAAAGAGAGUCUACUGUCACACGUUAGUCAGCAGAAAAAUGAGAAAAAAGAUCGCUAUGAAGAGGAAAAACACAAAAUGUUUUCAAAGGGAAAAGACGAGACCGCAGGGAAAAUACAAAAGUCCCCCCAAAUCGCUUUCCAUAUGCAGAGAAGUGCCAGCGUCCCAGACAUGAGAAACACGUUUAAAGAAGAUCUUCAUCGCCCGGCCUCUGUAGAAGGAAUGGAAAAAAAUUAUGAGUACCUGUUUAGUGAUGGAUCCAUAGAAAUAGACUGCUGCUCGGACGACAAAUUUAUACCGGAAACUCCGACCAAUUUAUCAAGACCAAAAGACGCAAUACGUUCCGAGAGCGAAAGGGCAGUCCCCGUUGAUGAACUCCCGGCUAAGAAGCAGACAGUUAUUGCAACCGAAGAAUUUAAUAACCCGCAAGAACUACUGAAACUCAUUGACAAGCCAGUAUAUUUCUGUAGGUUUUGUGACAUCAUUUUCCUGAAUCGUACGACGUUUUACCUACAUAAGGGUCUCCACAAUGUAAACAACCCAUGGCAGUGCAAUAUGUGCGGACAAUUAUACACUAACGUUCAUGAUUUUACUGCACAUAUCAUUCACCCAUGACCUAACAAAUAUGAAUAUUCUAUUUGACUCCUUUCACCCUGUCUCUGUUUAACGGGAACAAAUUGUCUAAUGUAUCUUUUUACACUUGUAUGUAAUAGUCUCAUAUUUGUAAAAAUC